AGUACAUUUACUUUCACUUUGCACCACUCUUAAAGAGGCUCUGCCACAUUCAUCUUGGCUUAGUUCAGUAAACCUCCUCGAAACCGGGAAAUAGAGUGGCACCCGGUUCCACUGCAGUCCGCUCCUGUACGUAUUUUAAUUAUAAAGUCUAUCAAGCGUUCACACCAUGGAGGGUCCUUACCAGUAUCCCGUCUUCUUCGAGGGUCCCGGUCUGGACGAAAAGCAAAAGAAGAAAAUAGGAAAAUACUUUACCGUGCGACGCAAAUCCGGUGGUGGAGACUGCGGCUCGAUAACAAACGUGCACGAUCACGUUUACAGCAUUGCUUUUAAUAAGCGAGAUGCUCAGGAAAGAGUCCUGCAGAGAUCUGAACAUGUGUUGGAGUUUGACGGGGGUCCUCUGGUGCUGACUGUGCGAAGCACCCCGGGACCUUCCGCCGGCUCUCCCAUCACAUCCUCGACUACAAGACAGUCAGUUAGUCCAAAACUGGACUCAACAUCAUCACAGCAGACACAGCCGUCCAGUCUUAACCCAAGCCUGCUAACAAGUGGCGAAGAAUAUGAACUACGACUUGAUUCUCACCUCCUACGUUAUCUAAAGGAGUGCCCCAAGGCUGUGAAAGAACUAGAGGAAGCACUCAGCUCUGUGGCCUGCUCUGCCCAGCUGUACCCAGAGGAGCGGAGGGUUUUAGUUAGCCGGUUAGCUCAAGCUGGUGCUGCAGUUAGAAAUUGGAAAGCCGAGGUAGACAAACUCUUUGAUGGCUAUAUGUGCCACUGUGAGGUGGACCCUCACAAAGGUAAAGCUUUAAUUAAGUCCUGCAGCUCUCGUCAGACCACAGAUGGGGUAAAGGUGUACAGCGAGGAUGGGAUGGCCAUUGUGGUUGGGGAGCGUUCUCAAGUGAAGGCCAUGUUGAUGGCUGUAGAGGACUCGCAUGUUAAACGACGGUCAGGUUCCAGUGAGAAGCAAAAAAGCAUUCGUCGACUGGGCGAGGCCAAGCUCCGCCUCCUCUGGAAAGAGAUGGAGCCCAGUUUGCGACAAGAUUUUCCAGAAGUGAAGGUCACGCAGGGAGCUGCAGGUCAGUUAGUUUUGGAAGGUUCUGUGGAGGAGAUUCUUAAGGCUGGAGAUUCUAUCUCUGAGCAGGAGAAUCUUGUGUUCGAAAGGACCGUUUCUGACAUGAGCCCACAUCUUUUGGCCUUCUUGAGAAAGGCAUACGGCGGUGCAGGGGUGCUGGGGGACUUUUUAGGGGUUGGUGGCAAGGUGGAAAUAGAGUUACGAGACACGGAGGUACGUUUCUUCACCGUGUCUGCUAAUAAACUGGAUGACACAGAAAAAAAACUGAAAGAAAAAUUCAAGGAAGUCAAGAUUGAUGUUCCUAACUGCUCUUCUGUGCCGACUGAUCUUCGUGAAAAGCUAAAGCCCAAGACAAAUGAAAUGAACCAAGGGCAAUACAGGGCUCAGGUCGUGUUUGGCCCAGACAGCACGGUGUGCCUACUGGGCCACACCAAAGAGGUCGAAGAGCUAAAUGAAGUUGUCAUACAGUUUAUUUUGGAUGAGUCAAGCAUAGAAGGCCAAGUCAUUCUUCCUUACUCAGAGUUAGUACAACUCUUACCAGAAUUCCUGCAGCUGCAUGGGUUUGACUAUUCAGGGGUUACCUUCCAUCCUUCAACAUCUUUCCCUGGGCCCAUGGUGGUGCUGGAAGGUCCAUCCGGAAAAGUGACCGAGAUCAGGAACAAACUGGGCCCAUUUCUGGACUCCCUUGUUCAGGAUAGAAUCACCAUUGACCUACCAGGGGCAGUAAGGUAUUUUGAAAGUUCCACUGGAAGAGUCAACAUUUUAAGUGUUGCUCAUUCUCAGAAGUGUCUCGUACAGCUUCAGGAACAAGCUCACGCUACAAGACAGAUUUUGGCAUCUGGUGCAGGAUUGAGUGGAGUAAACACAACAGUUGCUAGCUACAGCCUUCGUGACGGGUUCCAGGUGCUGGUGUGUCAGGGUGACAUCACCAAACAGGAAGCUGAUGCCCUAGUGAACGCUGCCAACGAAGAUCUGGACCACUGUGGUGGGGUCGCUGCUGCACUGAGUAAAGCGGGUGGCCCUCAGGUGCAGAAGGAGAGCAGAGAUAUAGUAAAGCGGACUGGAAAAGUUCCUACAGGUGAUGUGGUAGUGACCACAGGGGGACACUUAAACUGUAAGAUACUGCUGCAUGCUGUUGGGCCUGUAGGAGGAAAAUCAGGUGGCAGAGAGAGGAUCUUACUGGAGACAACUGUCCAGUCUGCUCUAAAUUUAGCAGAGGCAAAGGAUUUAAGGUCUAUAGCCCUGCCCUGUAUCAGCUCAGGUGUGUUUGGUGUUCCCGUCGCUGUGUGCUCUGACGCUAUUGUAACUGCUGUGAAAAAGUUUGGUAGUCAGGGAGGCCGAAGUCUGAGCAGAGUUAUCCUGAUUGAUAACAGAGGAGAGGUGGUGAGGGCCAUGCAGGAAGCAUGUGACCGGCUUCUCCAAGGGAUAAGUAGCGGAAAUGCUGCACCAAGAGAUCCGGGGUUCCAAAGAGGAGCCACUGGUGGAGCUCCUGAAGAUGGUGUCCAUGUAGAGAUCAUUCAGGGAACCCUGGAGACCCAGCAGGUGGAUUGCAUAGUAACCCCUAUGCUUGGCCAUGAUCCCACCUCAAUCCGUGUUGGAAACGCUUUGUCAGUCAUGGUUGGACCUCAGCUGACUGCAAAUUUCCAUAAGGAAGCAGGAGGACCAACAUUGCCUGGCAACACAGUCCUGGUGGCGGGUUUGCCUACCCUUCAAUCUAAAGGAGUGUUCUUCCUCAACCUUCUUCCCUGGGAUAAUAACCAACAUGGAGUUGCCAUCCAGACUAUGAGACAGGGCAUCAGAAAAAUUCUGGCUUCCUGUCAUACCAGAGGCUUCAGUUCUGUUGCCUUCCCUGUGCUUGGGACCGGUUUUGUCCUGCAUUUUCCUCACAGCGUGGCAUCCAGGGUUUUACUGGAGGAGGUCCGUAAAUUUGAACAGGACCGGGACACCAGAACAUCUUUCCUGGUCCGUUUUGUCAUCCACCCCAAUGACAAAGAUUCCAGCAAGGCCUUCCAGUCUGCCCAGGAAACUCUGCAUCUCAGAGGAUUCACCAACGACGCUAACCCAGACCAAGCUUCCUUUUACCGCCAUGUCUCCGUAACUGAUGGUGAGGUCACAGCCAUGCUGGGUAGAGUCAAGCUCCAGAUGGUCCGCGGUGACAUCAUUCAGGAGAGCACUGAUGCCAUUGUCAACACAACUAACUUCUCCAACAACCCAUCUGGUGUGUCUAAAGCCAUUGUGACUACAGCAGGGCCCAGUGUCCAGGCACAGUUGGCACAAGUGGGCAUCCCAGCAGACUACAUGUGCACCACAGGACCCGGGUUGCUUGGCUGUCAGGAAAUCAUUCAUGCUAGCUUCAAGUGUGACACUCAGAUUAUUCGGAAGAACUGCAAAAAGAUACUGAAGCAGUGUGAGAGCAAAGGCUACAGCUCAGUGGCCUUCCCAGCCAUCAAUACUGGUGUGGCUGGUAUGGACUCUGACAAAGCUUGUAAAGCCAUGCUGGAUGGCAUGACCUCAGCUGUUAGUGACUUGAAACCAAAUUCCCUCACACUGAUCCGCAUUGUCAUCUUCCAGCAAUCGGUCUUCCAGGCUUUCAGAGCAGAGCUGGAGAACCGCUUUCGACAAACAGCUGCUCGCCACCUCAGUCUUAGAGAAAAAGCGAAACAAAAGCUCAAGAAGUGGCACGACAAGUAUUCAAAAACCUCCACAACUUCAACACCUCAAGGCAAAACCUUCGCCUCCUCAAAGCCACCGCCAGCUGUAGUAAGUGUGAUCAGUUGUAGUCCAGACAGCAUCAGGACAGUGAAGAAAGAGUUGGAGGGGAUCCUGCAGAAGCAGCUGGUAGAGAGAGAGGUGGAUGUACAUCAUUUUUCCAGGCUUGAUGGGAUGGAGCUGGAGGCAGUGCAGGCCAAAGUCAAAGUCUUGGGUAUAAGCCUGGAGUGCAGGAGGCGUCAAAGUUCUGAGGGUGUGAACGGCAACCGAGCAGGAAACGCAGCCCGAGCUGAAGCUAGAGAUCGGUCAGGGUCAGGAAAGGAGGUCUAUGUGCUGACAGGCCUAAAAGAGGACGUGUUGGGCGUCUUCGAGCUUAUAAACAGAGCAAUCCAAGAGGCAUUUUGCGAAGACCUCCAAGACAAAGAAGAAGCCAUGUUGGCUCUUACUGUGCAGUGGUCGAUUCAGGAUAUAAAUAAGGCCUGGCAAGAGCUGAACAUGCAUGACAACUACAUGCUUGAGGAGGCUCACCUGGAGAAACAAGUGUUUGUAGAAUUGACGGCACCAAACGGCAUGAUGUUGGAAGUCAACCUGAGAACACAAGCAGCCACCAAUCUGCUAACAGGCGUCAUGUACAAAGUGAAAAGGAGCAAGUCUGAAACGGCCGUAGAGUUGCCAACAGAAUGGGAACCUAUGCACGGAGAAGUGUUUAAAAAGAUCCAGCUGCAACCUAACUCACCAGAGUACCAGACUGUAGCCCAGGGCUUCCUCAAAAUGGCUAAAUACAACAUCCAAAAAAUUGAGCGGGUGCAAAACUACUACCUGUGGCAUGCCUAUACUGUGUGUAGGCAGCGUAUAUUUGCCAAAAAUGGCCCAGCAGACCUUGGGGAGAAGACUCUCUACCAUGGCACAUCGGCAGAGUCAUGCCACUGCAUUGAAAGGGACAGAUUUAACAGGAGCUACGCAGGACAACACGCUGCCAUGUUUGGAAAGGGAGUUUACUUUGCUGUCAAUGCACAGUAUUCAGCAAGCAGAUACAGCCCAGCAGACGCGUCAGGCUUGAAGAGGCUGUAUGUGGCUCGUGUCCUGACCGGCCGUUACACGGUCGGUAAUUCUUCCAUGAAAGACACCCCUCCUCGAGGCUCAGACCAGACCGACUGCUUCGACAGUUUGGUGAACAACCAGCAGCAGCCCACCAUGUUUGUGAUCUUCCACGAUGACCAGGCCUACCCAGAGUACCUCAUCACCUUCAACUGAGUAAAACUGUAGAAAGUCACGGUUCAACACUGUGCUGUGGUGUCAGAACCAUCCUGGUUAAAUGCUACAAAAGUAGCGAUACCUUAGAAUGUGCCAUCCAAUUUCUACUUUCAGAUAAAGUUUUCUUUUUUCUUUUUUAUUUCCUGAGCAUAUUUUUGAAUUGCACAGAGUUGAAUUAUAGCGUUCACCAACUGUAUUGAACAGCCUUGUAUUGAAGGACAAACCUGUACCGCAGAAACACACCGUGAGUUUAUACUUUCCUUUUUUGGAAAUCUUUUUACGAUUUGCGUCAGUGAUAUGAAUUGUUAAAUUAGUCAAAUGUUAGGGGAAUGUAACUCAUAUUAAGCGGUGUGUAAUAACCUUAAUUUGGCAAAGAUUGUUCUCAGGGUUAUUGUAUUGUCAUUUAUUUGAUCUUAUUGAUUAAUAUAAUAUUUGAGGCAGACAUAUUGGUUUUCUUUUUAUUGAUUUAAUAUAAGUCUUUAGUUCUCUGCACUUUAUUCAUUCAACUCCAAGUGUUAAUAUUAUGUAAAAUAUAACAUAGCUGAUGCACACAUUUUAACAAUCUAUGCAAAAGUAGAAUAAGCCUAAAACCCCUUAUUCUCAACAUUAAACGAGCAGGGAUUAAACCAUCUGCGCCAAGGUAAUUGAUUCAUUACAAGUGGUCACACUGUAUUUUGGAAGUACUGUUUUGAUGCUAGACUUACAGUAAUAUGUAGUAAAUAUAUUGCUAAAAAUUCAAUUGAAGAAUUUCUCUGACUGUACAAUGAGGAUUUUGAAAUCAAAGAAUCCAAAGUAAAUAUAUUUCAGACAUUAUUUGUAUUUGAAAGGUGCAAGAGAAUACAGCAGCAAAAGGAGCAGUGUCUGUGUUUUUGUAGCCGCGCCAUUUUUUUGACAGUUUUAAAGAGCUUUUCUGAACAAUGUAAAUAAAAUAAAUUAUGAUUUAUGUGGUACAUUAUGAUUUACAAGUAUCAGAAAAUGGUGGUAGAAAAAAAUUACAGAACAUUGAACAUGUAUACCAAAAAAAACCUGUUGAAAUAAAAAAAUAAAACUAUUAAAUUAAUGAAAUUAAGUCUUAUUGCUUUAAAUGUUCUCUAACAUAAAUCAGUUAAGUGAGAAUGAACAUUUUGAACAUGAAGUGUACAGCUGCAGAAAGUCACAUUACAUUUAGCAAUCUUUUGACAAUAAUUAUUAAAAGUUGGAAAAGCUGUAAAUAUUUUUCAUGAACUUCAAACAGGGAAAAUCAAAAAUCCACUGAAUGUGGAGUAGUGAUUUGGAUGACUACUGAUCAUCCUGUUUUCCCAAAGACGAACAUUGACAUGGUCUCCAACUUGUAGCUGCAAGAUAGUGCUGUUAGAUCUAGAGCGUGAAUGAUUUAGAGUACCAUACCAUGACACUAUUUGGUUUCCAUUUCGGUACAAACUGCCACUGGAGCUACCACUCCAGACGAAGGAGGUGAAAGUGAAAUAAUAGACUCCCUGCACUGGUGCUGUAAAAUAACCUGCAACAAUAGUAAAAUAAAAUCACUGUUCAACAUGAGUUACCAAACAGUACUUGACAACUAAUUCAAGAGCAAGUACACGGUGAAUACUGACCUGUGACUGGGCUGUAAUGCCCUCCAGUGUUGAACAGAACAUGAUUGUAGACCAGAGCGUAAAGAACAUUCACAGGACCAAUGGUGCCAUGUAUUGAGAAUGUAGCAGAAAAUGCAA